UAUGAAGUCCUGCUCCCAAAUCCUAUAACCAAACACCUACUAAAAACUUGUCCUGAACACCUCAACUUUGACCUUGAGAAACUUGCCCAAUCCACUUACGUGCAACAUCAUAUAAAAAAGUAGAGUAAAAGAAUGAAACAGAAUCCUUCAGAAAAUCAUGGAGUUGGAUACUAUCCUUGUUCUUGUUCUAGUAUUUUCUUGUUCGUGGUUACCUCUUUUCCCUAGCCAAAACACUGUUAAAACAGGUGAAUCAAUCACUGCUAAUCACAAAUUAGUUUCAGCUGGUGGUAGUUUUGCCUUAGGAUUUUUCACCCCAGCCAAUUCUACUUUUAUCUACCUUGGCAUAUGGUACAAUACUAUCCCUGAACAAACAGUUAUUUGGGUUGCUAAUAGAGAAUCUCCAAUCCCUCAGAAUUCUUUUCCAGUUUUCACUAUUGGAGAUGAUGGAAAUUUAGUGAUUUUUUAUGAAAAGGAUAAACUCAUUUGGUCAUCAAAUGUUAAAGGGGAGUUAUUAACUUCAAAUUCUACCGUGGGAGCAUUGUUAGAUAACGGAAAUCUUGUUCUCAAACACGGUGAGUCCAACAUAUUGUGGGAUAGUUUUGAACAUCCUACUGAUACAUUAAUACGCGAUAUGAGAAUCGGUUUCAAUAAAAUUAGUGGCCUAAGAACCGUGAUUAAUUCGUGGACAAGUAAUGAAGAUCCUCGGCCUGGAAAUUUCUCUUUUGGAAUAGACGGGCGUAUGCAUUUUUACACUUGGAAGCAGAACGGUAUUCAUUAUAGAUUUGACGAUAGUAGCAAAGGGUAUAUGCUACGAAUCGCGUGGUAUUUCUCUGUUAUUACUGAUAAUGAAAAUGUAUUUCUUAUUUUAGCUUACUACAAAAGCCCGUUAAGAUUAAGAGUCGUUUUGAAUCCUAUCGGGUACCUUCAGGUGAUGGUGUGGAAUCAGAAUGGUAGUAAUAAGUGGAAUAUUGAAUUUCAACUACCACAAGUUAAGUGUGAACUUUAUGCACACUGUGGUCCAUUUGGCAGUUGUGGGAUCAGAUCAAGAGGAUUAUGCAGAUGUUUAACAGGAUUUGAACCAAAGUUUCUCAAAGAUUGGGUAAACGGGAAAUGGAAUGAAGGUUGUGUGAGAAAAAUAGCGUUGGGAUGUGACGGUGGAGAUAGGUUUUUGAAACAUGAGAAUAUGAAGUUACCUGAUCAUGCUAUUUUCUUAGGAAAUAUGAGUAUUAAAAAGUGUGCAACUCAGUGCAUUAGGAACUGCUCCUGCUCAGCAUAUGCUUGUUCGAAAAACGCCUGUUUUAUAUGGCUUGGAGAUUUACUGGAUCUUGCUGAUGACAUUACCAGCAGCAGAGCUCUCUAUGUUCGAGUUCAUGGCUCCGAGCUAAUAACUGAUGAUUUAUCUGGGAAUUCAGCUCAAACAUACAAAAUUAUCAUUGCAGAAGUUGUUUCUACAAUUUUUGUUAUCUUGCUUCUUAUUAGUAUCUUCGCCUUUAUCUUCAAAAGAAAGCACUUGAAAAGACCAGAUAGGAUGAACAGAAAUUCUUCUCUAGUUAGCUCCGUGCCUAGUGGAUCUUUAGUUGCGAAAGACAAUAUGAAGUUGGUACAAUACAGCCUGCAGAAUGUAAGAGAUGCUACAAACAACUUCCACAAAGAUAACAAACUUGGAGAAGGUGGUUUUGGCCCUGUGUUUAAGGGGUUCCUGGAUGAGCUCGGAUAUGUAGCCAUCAAACGGCUAAGCAGGAGGUCAUCACAAGGACUGGAGGAGUUCAUGAAUGAGUUGAAGCUAAUCGCGAAAUUGCAGCACAAAAAUCUCGUCAGCCUCUUAGGAUGCUGUGUUGAAGGAGAGGAGAAGAUACUGAUCUAUGAGUAUAUGCUGAAUUGCAGCCUGGACAAAUUUCUAUUUGACCCUUCGCUGAAGGUUACACUCGAUUGGGGUACACGUUUUGGGAUAAUAGAAGGAAUUGCACAAGGAAUGCUUUACCUACACAAAUACUCAAGACUAAAAGUCAUUCACAGGGACUUGAAGGUAAGCAACAUUCUGCUAGAUCAAGAGAUGAUUCCUAAAAUAUCAGACUUUGGAAUGGCAAGGAUUUUCGGGACUGGUCAAACACAGGCCAAUACAAAACGAGUGGUUGGUACAUAUGGCUAUAUAUCUCCAGAAUACGUAGUAUAUGGCCAGUUUUCGGAAAAAUCAGAUGUAUUCAGCUUUGGAGUAUUGCUGUUGGAAAUUCUGACUGGUGAACGAAACUCAGACUUCUUCAUGACUGAUAUUUCUAUGUCUCUAUUAGGAUGGGCAUGGAAAAAGUGGAAAGAAGGAAGAGUAUCGGAGUUGAUUGAUCCAUCAAUAAGGGAAACCUGCGACAGUAACAAAGCAACAAGGUCAAUGUUGGUUGCUCUUCUUUGCGUUCAAGAAAAUCCAACAGAUCGGCCAACAAUGUCUGAUAUAGUUACCAUGUUAAGCAACGAAACGUUAGCCAUCCCUGAGCCAAAAGAACCAGCUUUCCGCAGCAGCUGGCGACCUCAGAAGUUAAAAGACUUUUCCAUAAAUGAGAUGACAUUUAGUUUGCCAGGACCUCGAUGAGAGGAUUUUGCCUCCAUAUUUCUUAUGGAAGUAAUCUUGUUAAGAAAAUAACCAUCUUGUCGAAAUCAAUAUCUGCAAUUGUGGUAUGGUCUUUUCUUUAUGAGAGAGAGUUUUUUAUUUUGUUUGUAUAAAGCAGAGAUGGUUGGCACCUAACUGCUGUUCCAGAAUAGGAAUUUUAGCAGUUAAUUUGUGUAUAACCACACAAUGAGACAUCAAGAAAGUAUACAUAUAGUGAAAUAAUACCAAGUUUUAUUCUUCU